UCACAAGACUCAAUGGCGAAUAACAACAUGACUGAUGUCGAUGAUGUCGUUGUUGGGGACAAUAGCAUCGAGAUUGAGAGCGAACGGACCAUAUUUCUAACGUUUGCUCGUGGGGUUCCUGUGUCGGAGGCAGAGGUGAAGCAGUUUUUCACAGUAACGUAUGGUGAAAAUUGUGUUAAAGGCGUUGACAUGCAAUAUAGCGAUGGUCAACAACAAUCACUAUUUGCUCGGUUGUUCUUGGACUCUGUCGCUACCAUGAAUCGCAUACUCGAUGGCAAACGCGAACAGAGUAAAAAGUUCUUGAUCAACGAGAAGCUCAUUUGGGCUCGUAAGCACGAGAUUUAGGAUGUAUCUGUUUAAUUAAUUACA